CCCAUGAAACUCAAACCUCAAACAACUUUUCUUUUUGUACAUUCAAGAGUUUUCAUUCUGCUUCUAUAAUGGCUACUUCUACAAUGGCUCUUUCUUCCUCUACAUUUGUCGGAAAAGCGGUGAAACUCUCACCAUUUUCUUCUGAAGUCACCGGAAAUGGGAGAGUCACCAUGAGGAAAACCGCUACCAAGGCCAAACCUGCCUCCUCUGGUAGCCCAUGGUAUGGUCCUGAUCGUGUUAAGUACUUGGGCCCAUUCUCUGGUGAGUCUCCUAGUUAUUUGACUGGUGAGUUCCCUGGUGACUAUGGAUGGGAUACUGCUGGACUUUCAGCUGAUCCAGAAACUUUUUCUAAGAACCGUGAGUUGGAGGUGAUUCAUUGUAGAUGGGCCAUGCUCGGAGCUCUUGGUUGUGUCUUCCCCGAGCUCUUGGCUCGUAACGGUGUUAAGUUUGGUGAGGCUGUCUGGUUCAAGGCCGGAUCUCAAAUUUUUAGUGAGGGUGGACUUGACUACUUGGGCAACCCAAGUUUGGUCCAUGCACAAAGCAUCUUGGCCAUUUGGGCUUGCCAAGUUGUGCUAAUGGGAGCCGUUGAAGGUUACCGUAUUGCUGGUGGGCCUCUCGGUGAGGUUGUUGACCCACUUUACCCUGGUGGUAGCUUCGACCCAUUAGGCCUUGCUGACGACCCAGAAGCUUUUGCUGAGCUUAAGGUAAAGGAAAUUAAGAACGGCAGACUUGCUAUGUUCUCCAUGUUUGGAUUCUUUGUUCAAGCUAUCGUUACCGGAAAGGGUCCGUUGGAGAACCUUGCCGAUCACCUUGCUGACCCAGUAAACAACAACGCUUGGGCCUUUGCCACAAACUUUGUCCCCGGAAAGUGAACUUCUUGAAAUAGAGCCUCUUCUAGUAUUUGUUUGUUUGAUAGGCCAAUUUAGCUACUGUAAAUUAUAGGAGAUUAUAUAUGAAUUUUUAUUUGGUCUCCAAUAAUUAUGUAGUUCUAUAUAUCUUUAUACCUACAAUUCACAAUAUCAGUAUGUAUUUGCA